AUGUCACUUUCACCAAUAGAAAAAGCAGCUUCUGGGGCUUUAGCAUCAGCUAUCGCCAAUACAUUGGUUUAUCCAUUAGAUUUGAGUAAAGUUUUAAUCCAAACUCAAGUCAAGAAAAGCAAACCAAAGAGUGAGCUUAAUAGAAUCCCUACCCCGCCUUCAGAAUCAGAUUUAGAAGAUUCUGUUUAUAAGCAAAAAUUGGAUGAAGAUAACGGAUUAAAGUAUAAAAAUACCAUUGAUGUUUUAACUCAGAUUUAUAAAAAGAAGGGGAUUUUGGGGUGGUAUCAUGGGUUGUUUUCUACCGUAGUUGGUACUGCCGCGCAAAACUUUUCCUACUUUUAUUGGUACACCAUAGUUAAAAGGGUGUAUGCCAAUUUAUACAAACACAUACCUAACCACAAACCAGGAACUUUUACUGAAUUGUUUCUUGGUGCCUUGGCAGCAGCAAUUUCGCAAUGUUUCACCAUGCCAAUUGGGGUGAUAACUACACAACAACAAACCGAUAAAAACCAUAAAAAUUUGAUUCAGUUGAUUCAAGAGAUUUUGGAGCAAGACGGUAUUUCUGGGUUAUGGAGAGGAUUGAGAGUAUCCAUGGUCUUGUGUAUCAAUCCAUCAAUCACCUAUGGUUCUUAUGAACGUUUGAAACAAAUAUUUUACGGUGAUAAACAGUUUUUAAACCCACUUGAGUCAUUUUCCUUGGGUGUCUUGGCUAAAUCAUUGGCUACUAUUGCCACUCAACCGUUAAUUGUUUCAAAGGCAAUGAUUCAAAAGAAAUCAUCGUCUAAGAAAAACAGCAAGUCAACUGACAAAAACUCGGAAGAUGAAGAUGAAGACGAUAUAAAAUUCGAUCAUUUCACCGAUGCGUUAGCAUACUUGUGGCGAACUGAAAAGUUCCGUGGGUUAUACAAAGGUAUUGCACCACAAUUGUUGAAAGGAGUAUUCGUCCAGGGGUUGUUGUUUACUUUUAAAGAUCAAUUAGAUAUAUUGUUUUUGUUUUUGUUAUCAUUGAUUAAGAGGAGAUCUGGUAUCAAAAAAUAA